GGGCCUGAGGUCGUUGCUGGGGUCCCCCGGCGAGUGGCCGGGGAAGUUGGGUGCCCCAUGAGAUAGAGGGGCUUGAGGAAUAGGGACGCGCGGGAACCCCGGACCGAGCUGCACGAAGUCGGAUCUUGUGUAUUAUCUUGUGUUCAUACUUGAGCUGUGGGAUCUGAAGAGGGACGGGAAAGGCCCACCCUCCUUGGGGCUUUCGUUUUGUCCCCACAGGCCUCCUUUUUACACUGCGGAUGUUGGAACUUUGCUGCAUUCUAAGCUCUGCAGAAGUCUGAAAGCCCUCUCCCUUACAGCCGGAGACAAUUGAGAGAGGGUCCAGAUCUUACGUAAAAUGGAUGUGUCUCACACUAGAUGAUGGAUAUUAAGUAGAAAAUCUAUUUAGUAAAAUCUAAGCUGCCAUGGAAGAAAUACCAGUUAAAGUUGCUAUAAGAAUUAGACCUCUGCUAUACAAGGAAAUUCUUCAUAAUCAUCAAGCUUGUGUGAGAGUUAUUCCAAACACCCAACAAAUUAUCAUUGGGAGAGAUAGAAUCUUUACUUUUGAUUUUGUUUUUGGCAAAAAUUCCACUCAAGAUGAAGUUUAUGAUACCUGUAUAAAGCCAUUAGUGUUGUCUCUCAUUGAGGGCUAUAAUGCAACCGUUUUUGCCUAUGGACAGACUGGAUCUGGGAAGACAUACACCAUCGGAGGAGGCCAUGUUGCUUCAGUUGUGGAGGGUCAAAAAGGUAUCAUUCCUCGUGCUAUCCAAGAAAUAUUUCAAAACAUCUCUGAAAAGCCUAGCAUUGACUUUAAUAUAAAAGUGUCUUAUAUAGAAGUAUACAAGGAAGACCUAAGAGAUCUUCUAGAAUUGGAGACAUCAGUAAAAGAUCUUCACAUCCGAGAAGAUGAAAAGGGAAACACAGUGAUUGUUGGGGCCAAGGAAUGCCAGGUGGAGAGUGCAGAUGAAGUGAUGAGUCUCCUGGAGAUGGGGAAUGCAGCCAGGCAUACGGGUACGACCCAAAUGAACGAGCACUCCAGUAGAUCACACGCGAUUUUCACCAUCAGCCUUUGUCAAGUGGACAAAAAUAGAAAGGCAGCUGAAGAUGGAUCAUGGCAUUCCCACCGGCAUAUUGUCUCAAAGUUCCACUUUGUGGAUUUGGCUGGAUCAGAAAGAGUAACCAAAACGGGGAAUACUGGCGAACGUUUCAAAGAAUCCAUUCAGAUCAACAGUGGGUUGCUGGCUUUAGGAAAUGUAAUAAGCGCUCUUGGGGAUCCACGCAAGAAGAGUUCACAUAUUCCAUACAGGGAUGCUAAAAUUACCCGGCUUCUGAAAGACUCCCUGGGAGGCAGUGCCAAGACCGUCAUGAUCACUUGUGUCAGCCCAUCGUCCUCGGAUUUUGACGAGUCCUUAAAUUCUCUCAAAUAUGCCAACAGAGCACGCAACAUUAGAAACAAACCCACCUUAAACUUCAGCCCCGAGUCAGACCGUAUGGAUGAAAUGGAAUUUGAGAUUAAGUUGCUUCGAGAAGCUUUGCAAAGCCAGCAGGCUAGUAGCAGCCAAACUAGCCAGAUCCAUCAGGAGGGGACUCCUGAUAAAAAUAAGAUCCAUUCUCUUGAGGAGCAAGUCACUCAGCUACAAGGAGAAUGUCUGGGUUACCAAAACUGUUUAGAGGAAGCCUUUACCUUCCUGAUGGAUUUAAAAGAUUCUGUGAGACUAAAUGAAAAGCAGCAACACAAACUGCAGGAGUGGUUUAACAUGACCCAGGAGGUCACCUUUUUCAGAGGACACCAGGGCAUUGGAAACCUGGAAGAAGGACCACAGCAUAUUACACUUCUCCAGCUGAAGCGAGAGCUUAAGAAAUGCCAGUGUGCGCUUGCUGCUGAUGAAGUCGUAUUUAAUCAGAAGGACUUGGAGGUGAAGGAGCUAAAGAGUCAAGUGCAAAUGAUGGUGCAGGAAAACAAAGGCCAUGUUGUUUCUUUGAAAGAAGCACAAAAAGUGAAUAGAUUGCAGAAUGAAAAAAUAAUAGAACAACAACUUCUUGUGGAUCAACUGAGUGAAGAACUAACAAAACUUAACCUGUCAAUGACUUCUUCAGUAAAGGAAACUUGUGGAGAUGGGCCAGAUACCAGGAUACUUGAAAAGAGACCAUACACUGUACCAUUUGAUACUCGUUUGGGGCAUUAUAUUUAUAAUCCAGCAAGAUUGGAUUCCAGGAAGGUCCACACAAGUCCUUCUAUAUACUCUCUGGAUCGACUAGUUGCGGGAUUUCGAACACGAAGUCAGAUGCUGCUGGGUCACUUAGAAGAACAGGAUGAAGUCCUCCAGUACCAAUUUUCUGAUAACAGUGAUGAUGAAGAGUCAGAAGGCCAAGAGAAAUCAGAAAUUAGACGUAGAAGUUGCUCAUGGAUUCAGAAGCCAGGCUCUGUUUGUUCACUUGUUGAAUUGAAUGAUAUUCAGGAUCAAACACAGAAGUCAGGAUUGGAGAAUGAAGAUUUAAAGAUUGAAUGUCUCCAGGAGAGUCAAGAGUUGAAUUUGCAAAAAUUAAGAAAUUCAGAACUCAUACUUACUGAAGCUAAACAAAAAAUGAGAGAACUUACUAUUAACAUCAAGAUGAAGGAAGAUCUGAUUAAAGAAUUAAUUAAAACAGGUAAUGAUGCCAAGUCCGUAAGCAAGCAGUAUUCUCUGAAAGUAACAAAACUUGAACAUGAGGCAGAACAAGCAAAAGUGGAAUUAACUGAAACACAAAAGCAGCUACAGGAACUGGAAAACAAAGAUCUUUCUGAUGUUGCUUUGAAGGUAAAAUUACAGAAGGAAUUCCGUAGAAAGAUGGAUGCCGCUAAGCUAAGAGUCCAGGUCUUACAGAAGAAGCAUCAGAAUAGUAAGAAAUUGGCAUCACUGUCAAUCCAAAAUGAGAAACGUGCUAAUGAACUAGAGCAGAAUGUAGAUCACAUGAAAUAUCAAAAGGUACAGCUGCAAAAAAGACUUCGAGAAGAAAACGAAAAAAGGAAGCAACUGGAUGCAGAAAUUAAGCGGGAUCAACAAAAAAUCAAAGAACUACAGUUAAAAACAGAACAGAAAGAUCUAAAACCGAAAGCUGAGGACCUUGAUGCAUUUAAGAUGAAAAGGAGAAAAGGUUCGUUUGGAAGUGUAGACCAACUCCAGAAAUUGGAUAAGCAAAAGAAAUGGUUAGAUGAAGAAAUAGAGAAAGUUCUGAACCAACGCCAAGAAUUAGAGGAGCUGGAAGAAGACUUAAAGAAACGGGAGGCCAUAGUUUCAAAGAAGGAGGCCCUGUUACAGGAGAAGAGCCACCUGGAAAGUAAGAAGUUGCGAUCUAGUCAGGCUUUGAACACAGACAGUUUAAAAAUAUCAACUCGCCUGAGCUUGUUGGACCAAGAGUUGUCUGAAAAGAAUGUGCAGCUCCAGAGCAGCACAGCUGAGGAGAAAAUAAAGAUUUCAGAACAAGUAGAAGCCCUCCAGAGAGAAAAGGAUCAGCUGCAGAGACAAAGAAACAGCGUGGAUGAGAAACUUAAAAAUGGUAGCGUGUUGUCACCUGAAGAAGAACAUGUUCUUUUCCAACUUGAAGAAGGGAUUGAAGCUUUGGAAGCCGCAAUUGAAUACAAGAACGAAAGUAUCCAGAGUCGCCAGAACUUGCUCAGAGCUUCAUUUCAAAACCUCUCUCAUAGUGAAGCAAAUGUCUUAGAAAAACUAAUUUGCCUGAGUCCUGUUGAGAUUAGAGCUGUUCUUUUCAGAUAUUUCAAUAAGGUGGUUAAUUUGCGAGAAGUUGAACAGAAACUAAAGUUACAGAAUGAAGAAAUUAAAAUGAAAGUUCUGGAACGGGAUAACGUGGUUCGUGAGUUGGAAUCUGCACUGGAACAUCUGAAAUUUCAGUGUGACCGGAGACUGAUCCUCCAGCAAAAGGAACACGAGCAAAAAAUGCAGCUGCUGUUACAUCAUUUCAAAGAGCGAGAUGGGGAAGGCAUUGUGGAAACUUUAAAAAAUUAUGAAGAUAAAAUCCAGCAGCUGGAAAGAGAUCUUUAUUUCUAUAAGAAAACCAGCAGAGAUCUGAAGAAGAAACUCAAGGAACUGGUAGGGGAAGCAAUUCGGCGGCAACUAGCACCAUCAGAAAAUCAUGAUGCUGGAGAUGGAGUUCAGAACCCAGAAAAAGCUGGCAUGGUUUCAGAAGAAUUAAAAUGGGCAUCCAGAACUGAAAGUAUGAAAUUAAGUGGAAGGGAAAGACAAUUAGACAGUUCCACAAGCAGUUUAAGAACACAACCAAAUCCUCAGAAGCUCUGGGAAGAAGGCCCAGAAUUACCUCCAAUGUAUAGCUCUGUAGCACCCACUAGUGGGCAUUUGUUAAGCAAUGAGGACAAAACCGAAAUAGAUGAAAAUCAGUGUAUAAAAUCUAACAGUCGACCAUCAUCCCAAAUUCAGCCAGUCAGAAAUGUGGGACAGCUGCAUGGCAUCACACCUGUAAAGUUGUGUCGCAAAGAAUUACGCCAAAUUUCUGCCUUGGAACUAUCAUUACGACGUUCCAGUCUUGGAGUUGGGGUUGGAUCUGUGACUGCUGAUUCGCUUGAAGUAGCUAGGAAAGUGAGUGACUUAAAAAUUUAGGCAUUUAAUAAGAAAAACUUUAAUUUAGCAGAUGUGUAAGAUUCCUUUUUCUAACCCGUUAAAAAUUAAAGUUUAAGUUCACUAGCUCUUCCCUCAGGAUAAAGAAGAAGGGGAGGAAGCAAUCCUUUUGUAUACUGUGAAUGUGUGUUUUCUUCCAAGAUUUUUUUGCUCUAAAUAUUAUAUAAUAUAAACUUCAGUUUGGAAUUAAGAACUAAAUACUGAUUUGCCCUACAAAUACAGUUUGUACAUUUUCAUAUUUUUCAAUCACAGAAAAUAUCCCAUUUUACUAUUUUGUUACUUGUUAUUUUUGUUACUUUUCCAACCUUUCACUUGUAAAAUAAAGUUUUUUCUUGAACUAAUUAAUGUUUGAGUGGAACAGCAGCAAAACCACCCUGAUUUAUGGAAGUCUACUCCGUUAGAGUAACCCACUUUCUUACUGACUCCAAUUGUUCUUAUCUGAUGCUGCUAAUUUUUUCUUUUCUUUCCUCUCUUGCUGUCAACCCUAACCAUCUUACCUGGCAUGCAAACUGUUGCCCUGUGCUCAAACCAAAACGAACUUCUAAAUUGGUAAAUAGUUUUUAUAUCUCUAAAGUAUGGUAUUAAAAAUAAUUUAAAUUAUGGAUUAAAUAGACUUCUGUGGACUUACCUGGGAAUGGAACCAUAAUAUAUAAUGUCAGACAAUUAGAAACUGCUUCAUCCAGCAAAUUUACAAACGAAGUUAGAAAUUUUAUUUGUAACAGGGACUAUUUGAAGCCAGACUGGUUUUAAGCCAGUUUUUUUUUUUUUUUUUGUCUUUGGUUUGUAUGAUAUAUACUUAAUAUAUACCACAUAUAAUGUGUGAUAUGUGUGUAUUGUUGUUUUGCUAAAUCAUGUCCAACUCUUUUGUGACCCCGUGGACUGUAGCCUACCAGGUUCCUUUGUCCAUCAGAUUACCAGGCAAGAAUACCGGAGGGGUUGCCAUUUCCUUCUCCAGGGGAUCUUCCCGACCCAGGGACUGAACCCACAUCUCCUGCAUUGGCAGGCAAAAUCUUUACCGCUGAGCCACAGGGAAGCCUGAUAUGUGUAUAAAAUGGCACAAGGCCAGUAUCUUAAAAAAGCAUAUCAAUCAUAUAUUUAAUAAUAAGAACAGGUUUAUUAAUGAAGGUCCUAAUUUUAAAUUCCUUAUAAGAUUAAGUAAUAUUUAGAAAUAAUUCAUAUAAAAAUGUAUUUUGACUUUGGAAUUCUGCUGCCUGCCCAAGAAAUUGACACAUACUUGUUUUACCUGUGGAAAUAUAAAUGCAUUUUUAAAAACCAGCUCUCUAACAAAGUAAUAAAAUUUAUGUUAAACCAACAAUGAGUAGAUUUAAUAAUGCAAAUGUGAACUGACUUCUAAAUAACAAAUAUACAGUUUUUCCCCUUUUUGGUUAAACAUAUAUCCUUUAUAUGCUAUGAUGGAUUUCAUAUACAUAAUCAGACACACAUAUGUUAAGAAUGUCCUGAAUAAUAUAUUCUAGGAAUGAAACUUUUGUUGUUCUUUUUAAUCAGUGCACUCACAAAGGAAAAAAAGAAAAAUUUUAAGGCACCUCCCCAAAAGCAAGUACAAUUUUUCUUACAUAUACCACUAAUAAAUUUUAUUCUUAUUUCACAUGCUGUCCUUAAGUCAAUAUUUUGUCAUUGUGUUUGCCUUUUUGCAUGUGUAUGAAAUAUGUGGGGGUUUUUUGGUUCAUUAUAUUUUUUCCAUCUAUAACAGCAUUGGAAAGAAACAUAUUUGCCUCCAUAAACUACUACUUCCUUCCCUAACUCCAGAGUGUUGUAGAUAACAGAGUUGGAGAACUAUGUGAACAUGGGAACCGUGAGGAGCAAGAACAUCAGUGAAGGUGCUUUUGUGCUUUAAUGUUUGUUUUCUUUUGCUGAUGUUUUUUUUUUCCCCCUCAGUUCUUCAUAUCUUCAUGAAGUCAGGGUCCAAGAAGUCAGCAAAAAAAUACAUAUAUGAUCUUCUGUAAUGUGGACUUGAUUGCCAUUGGCUUGUUUGUAACAGCCCAGGUCAAUAAAGUGAUAAAUGCUAAUUUAAGGAUGGGCAUCUUAUAUUUUAAAACAAAG